GGCCGUGCGUGGUGCGUGUCCCGCCUCUGCCCUCGCAGAGCCCGGAUGAAGAGUAACGCCAUUACCGCCCGGGCUUCCGAGAGCACUGGCGGACGCGGACUGGGGCUGGACAGUGGAGCUGCUGCGCCAUGAGGCUCCUCCCCCGCUUGCUGCUGCUUCUCCUGCUGGUCUUCCCAGCCACCGUCUUGCUCCGCGGAGGCCCGGGAGGUUCAUUAGCCAGAGCUCAAGAUCUUACAGAGGAUGAAGAAACAGUAGAAGAUUCAAUAAUCGAAGAUGAAGAUGAGGAAGCUGAGGUAGAAGAAGAUGAACCCACAGAUUUGGCAGAAGAUAAAGAGGAAGAAGAUGUGUCUGGUGAACCUGAAGCUUCACCAAGUGCAGAUACAACCAUCCUGUUUGUAAAAGGAGAAGAUUUUCCAGCGAAUAAUAUUGUGAAGUUCCUGGUAGGCUUUACAAACAAGGGCACAGAAGAUUUUAUCGUUGAGUCCCUAGACGCGUCGUUCCGCUACCCUCAGGACUACCAGUUCUACAUCCAGAAUUUCACGGCUCUUCCUCUGAAUACUGUUGUGCCGCCCCAGAGGCAGGCCACUUUCGAGUACUCCUUCAUCCCCGCGGAGCCCAUGGGAGGACGGCCCUUCGGGCUGGUCAUCAAUCUGAACUACAAGGAUUUGAGUGGCAAUGUGUUCCAGGAUGCUGUCUUCAAUCAAACUGUCACCAUCAUUGAAAGAGAGGACGGGUUGGAUGGAGAAACAAUCUUUAUGUAUAUGUUCCUCGCUGGUCUUGGGCUUCUGCUGAUUGUUGGCCUUCAUCAGCUCCUGGAGUCCAGAAAGCGCAAGAGACCAGCACAAAAGGUGGAGAUGGGCACGUCCAGUCAGAGUGACGUCGACAUGAGCUGGAUUCCUCAGGAGACUUUGAAUCAGAUCAACAAAGCAUCUCCGAGAAGGGCGCCCCGGAAGCGGGCACAGAAGCGGUCGGCGGGCUCUGACGAGUGAGGUCCUGCGUUCCCACCCUCAGUCUCGGCCGGUGGGAGUCAGAGCAGAGCCACACACUGCCGUGGGAGGUACCUGCUCCUGAAGUGUGGACUGAGCGAUCCGAGUGUGGCGAGAACAUUGCUGAAAAUGCACUGCAUUCAUUUUUCUAAAGUAAUGAAUUUGGUUUUUUUUUAAACCAUUAAAAUCCACGUGUGUGCGUGUGUACGCGUGUGAGCAGUCGGUCUUACCAGAAUCAUUGUUGAACCACCUGAAUCAUGCCUUUAGAAUACUAAAUGCGAGCCAUUGUCUCUUCUUUCUGGCGCUUUCUGAUUUUUGCUCCUAAACUGGGUGAGUGUUUGCCCUCAAUGUGAUUUUAGGUGCCCUGCCUUGAGCUGUCUUAGGGAAUAAUUGUUUCUUCCAAGGAAUUGCUCAGAUCCCAACUGAUGGCACAAAUUCUCUUUUUUCCAUUGCUUUCUUUCAGCUAGUAUUCUAAAGGCAGAGGCAGGAGUGGCUGCUUCAGUAGCAGUAAAAUUGUUUUGGUAUUUUUGCUGCUGUUUAAUGCGUUACCUUCAAAAAAUUUCCCAAAUGGACUAAAGGAAUUUGAGGCUGUCUCUAGCAACAAGAUUGUAAAACAUGAAAAUUCUGCUGACUUUGAUAUAUAAAUCCCACGCCUCCCCCCUUUUGUCUAACAACAACAACAACAAAAAUGGUACAAUUUUGUGAACUGAGUUGUGUUGUCCAUUGUUUUGGCCCAGGGAGAGCUCUGGGAACCAUCUGGGACCUACCUGGGCUGCGGGUUUUGUUUUGAAGAGAAUUUGGUUUUCCUUUACGGAAGGGUCCUUUCCUAGGAGAACUUAGCAUGGUCCGUGGCCCAGCGGACCACAUGUCAGGGACAGAGUUAGGAUUUCAGCUAAUGGUAAUCUGCAGAAACAAAAAUUUAAAAGUUAAAUAGUUCUUAUGUAAUCUUUUGCAUUUUGGUGGUUAACAUACCUUUUUUGGAUUAACGUGGGAAUUCUUUAAAAAGUGAAGCUCUUAAAGACCUCAGGACCAGAAUUAUAAAUUGUGUCCUGUUAAGCCCUCCUGGAGGGUUACUCUUGCCGAGGCAGUAAUCAUGUUUGGUGUUGCUGUCAGGCUGGAUAAAGGUAAAGUGAAUGUGUAUGAACGAGUAAGAGGCUUUCCCCUCUGUUUUGAAGCCAUACUUAUGUUUUGUGAGACAGUGGUGACAGUUGAGUGACUCAUUCCUGACCUCCCUACCUCCUCAUUUGAUAUAAUCCGCUCCCCUGCGCACAUCCACACAUACAGAAAAGGGACGCAGCAGUGAAACACUACACUACACACAAGAUGCAACUUGUGUACGUGUUGGAGCAUCUGAGCCAAAGCCCGUGGCCAGAGAGGUUUGAGAGAGGUUUAUUUGUAGUCAUGAGUCACUGCGAGGAGGGCCGGGUGUCCGGCCACCCGCACCGGCGCCGCCACCACCAUGCUGUAAGCAUUCUGCACCUGGCCGCGCAGCGCUGUUCUCACUGAGGUGUGUGAGUUGGUUCUCAGCUUUGCAGGGUCUCGGUACCCGCAUGGCUUUGGCUUACUGUAGCAUAGGGAACCCUUCGCGUUAUCAAGGAGCGUUUUGUGACUUUGUAAAUUUGUGAAACUCCUGGAACAGCAAGCAGUCGGUGCACAGAGCGCCCUCGGGGGCCCUCUCAGGGUCCCCGCGGUACCUGGCGGAGGAUGGGCCUCUCCUUCCCUCCCUCCCGCAGCAGCGCGUCCAGCUCUCAGGCGAAGCCAGUGUUCGGGAGGCCUGUCUUCUCGUUGUGUUCUUCCUUAGUGUAGCUCGGCAGCAGCUGUUUGCAGAACUAACUCCACAUGAAUGGAAUUCACUUCCACACAUGGUUUGUCCAAGCACACUUAAUAAGUAGCCUGUUUUAAGUGUCUUCUUAUGGUGUAAAUACUCGGGUACGCUUUCCUCUGCUUUAGUCUGUUCACUCGCAGCGCCAGCCGAGGUUGCAGAGUCCACCCUCCGAGCAGUGUGGCUUCCGCACCGGAAGGUUCCAGACCAGAGGGUUCUGAUGCCAGGCUGAUGCCAGGCCGCUCUGGCUGUGCGGCCUCCUCCUGCUUCUGCUCCUGCUCCUCCCUAGAUGGGGCUGCAGCGAGCACGGGAGGAAAGGAGCAGCGACGUGAGGCCAGUGCGGUUGGAGUCGCCAGCGGCUCAGAAGUGACAGCUCGGGAAGACAGAAGCCGUCCGUCCACCGUGAGGAAUUGUUGAAAGCGCCUGCCUUGAAUGUGUAUUUGUAGCUCAUCAGCCCAGAAUUGUAUUUUGGCUCAGCCAGGGAGAAAUAAAUGGCAGUAAUGUGACAUCAAAACCUUCA